AUGUUUUUCUCUCUCUGUCUCUCUCUCCUCUCUCUGUCUCUGUGUCUCUCUCUGUCUGUCUGUCUGUCUGUCUGUCUCUCUCUCUCUCUCUCUCUCUCUCUCUCUCUCUCUCUCUCUUUCGCGAUUUGCUUUCCACUGAACGGCAGCGCGCGCAAAAGUUUUUUUAUUUUUUCUCUCUCUCUCUCUUCCGCUGGAUCGACGAAAAUGGCAGCCGGGUAUCAUGAGGUCGUCUACGACGAUGGUGACACCUACAAGGGUGAUUGGAACGCCGAGGGCAAGCGUGACGGGUUUGGCGUCUUGACCUUUGCCGACGGCGCCCGCUACGUCGGUCGCUUCCGGGCCGGCCUUUGCGAAGGCAAGGGUGUCCUCACUUUUCCUGACAACAGCAAGUAUGAAGGUGACUUCAAGAGCGGCAAGUACGAUGGCUUUGGCAUUUACGCACGCGCCGACGGCAUGAAUUUCAAGGGCGAGUUUCGUGCAGGUCAAGCCCAGGGCAUGUACGUACCCACAACUCGAGCCGCCACCCUCUUGUACUCUUGA